ACGACUGGCAUACACAAUGUUCUGCUGGCGGGCUUCAAUCGUGUCGGCACUGGUUCUGGCGGCUCUCGAGCCCGUGUCGGCAUGGCAAGAGCCUCUGGUCGACAAUGGCGUGUCAAUCACCAAAAGACGGCAAUUGCACGGCCGCUUCCUGCAGNAUUUCCAUCCGGAUCCCUUCUACAAGGUUUAUUCAUCUAUCGACGAGACCGGCGCAUGCCAUAGAGGUCACGGCCCAGCAGGUUACUACGGUGCCGAGACGUCCGACUGCGACUCGCCUAUCUCGCUCAUCAAUGCCACAUUCGACUGGAUCCGCGACGAGCUCAAGGACUCGAUCGACUUUGUCAUCUGGACUGGCGAUUCGGCGCGCCAUGACAACGACGAGAAGAUACCGAGAAACGUACAACAAGUCACUCAGCUGAACCAACUGCUCGUCGAAAAGUUCUACGAGGUCUUUGCAAAGAACCAAGAUGAGCCUGACGACGACCCGACCAACGACCUCGUCGUGCCUGUCAUCCCUACCUUUGGCAACAACGACAUCCUGCCGCACAACAUCUUCGAGAGAGGCCCAAAUAUCUGGACACGCCGUUACCUUGACAUCUGGCGUACCUUCAUUCCCGAAGUGCAGAAACACUCUUUCGACCAGGGCGGUUGGUUUUACGUAGAAGCCAUUCCGAACCACCUCGCCGUCUUACUUUUCAACUCCAACUCAGCCGUCGAUGGAUGCGCCGCCAAAUCAGAGCCUGGAUACCGUCAACUUGACUGGCUCCGUAUUCAGCUACAAUACUUGCGCGAUCGCAACAUGAAGGCCAUCAUUACUGGUCACGUUCCUCCUGCUCGCACAGCCAACAAGAGUAACUGGGAUGAGACUUGCUGGCAGAAAUACACCUUGUGGAUGCACCAGUACAGAGAUGUCAUAGUCGCUACACUCUACGGCCACAUGAAUACCGACCAUUUCAUUGUCCAAGAUUUCGAGGAGGUGGAUGAGAAUGUUGUCGAUGGUUAUGAGAUCAUCAAGAGCAACAACAAGAGAGGCAUGGUUGCAGCUGCUGACCAGCAGUUUGGCAUUCAAUCUGCCACCAGUUACCUUAAGGAUCUGAGAAAGAGCUGGACCAAACUACCCAAGCCUCAAGCAGAUGAGGAUGCAGAAGCCCUCAAGAAGGGCAAGAAACACAAGGGAAAGAAGCCACACAAUCCGGAUGACUAUGAUGCCGAGAUUGGAGGCCGAUUUGCUGAAAGGUUCAGCAUUUCCCAUGUCUCGCCGAGUGUUGUGCCCAACUACUUUCCGACCAUCCGUGUCUACGAGUACAACAUUACUGGACUCGACAGAAAGUUGCCCCGUGCCAAUGAGGAUAUCUUUGACCUAUAUGCGACGGAGACUUCAGAGGACGAACAAGGCCUCGAGGAAUACAUGAAGAAGAAGAAGCCCAAGAAGCACAGGUUCACAGUGCCUAAGCCGCCUUCAAAAUCUGCACCUCCUGGACCUGCAUACUCACCCCAGUCGCUGACUCUUUUGGGAUUCGUUCAGUACUACGCCAACCUGACUCGCAUCAACAACGACUCCUUCGAAGACGAUGCCGAACAACAGAGGUGGAAGGAUGGCAAGCACCAUGGCAAGAAGCCUUUCGACGAUGAUCGUACGCCUCACCCAACAAACUUUACCUAUGAAGUGCUGUACGACACUCGUAGUGACAAGGUCUAUGAGUUGGAAGAUCUUACAACGAGAAGUUACCUCCGCCUAGCACAACGUAUCGCUGGUGUCAGGCCGAGGAAGAGCGAUGUGCAGACGUCAGGUGCGGAUUCUGAAGGGAUCGAAGCAGACGAAGCCUUCGACACUGACGAGGACGAUAACGAUNAUGAAAAUCACCAAGAAGAAACACAAGAAGAAGGGCGA